CUUCGUUUGUUUCGAAGGUAUCACUGAAAGCGAAAUUGAAAACAGUGAUCUAUCACUUGCACUACUAUCGGCCCCAAAGGAUUCACCACGCAAUCGGUCGGCGCUUUCAGGAUGCUUGCGCCACAUACGUCCUAGCGCUGCACGUAUCGUAGCAUACAACCUAACCAGCAAAUGAAGCCCGCGUUGCAUUCUUUACUUCCUAGCAAACUUUUCAUCUUCGAAUCGAGGACAUACCAAGGAUACCGGUACCAGUACCGCGGUCUAGCUAUUUCCUCCCAUUUCUGCCCAAUCCCAAGUCGUUAUUGAGGUCCGUUUCCAGGAGUUUUUAGCCCGACCAACCGCCCACACUCUAGCCCCGACGUAGAGCGGCAUUUGUGAUCUUCAGUCGAAGGUGCCAAGUCAAUCAGCGCGUAUAUCCCCAGUCAAACCAUGGAAGACGACGCUCCUACCACUGAAGUUGCUGAGCCCGUUGUGACGGAGGCGACGCCCGCUGAGGAAGAGCCCGUUGCUGCUGCUCCUGAGGAGUCACCGGCGGCCGAGGAGGAGCAUGCAGCUCCAGCUGAGAGCAAAGAGGCAGACGCAAAGGAGGAGGAAGCCAAGCCUGAGGCAGAUAGCAAGGACGAGCCAGCACAGGAGGCCCCAGCGGCCAAGCACGACGAGGAAGAGGUGAAGGAGGCCGAGGCCACGGCCGAGAGCGUUCAGGAUAAAGUGGAGGUGCAGGCAUUGCCCAUUCGCGCAUAUUUGGACCAAACCGUGGUGCCGAUCUUGCUACAGGGCAUGUCAGCGCUUGUGAAGGAGCGUCCGCCUAAUCCGAUCGAGUGGUUGGCCGCCUACCUCAUCAAGAACAAUCCGCAGGGCCCCAGUGGCGAAGCGAAGUAAUUAGAUCAGGUUCCGGACAGCCAGGCAGGUUAAAAGCCUUUUGGAAAUCGCUAUCAACUGCACAAUAUUUUCUUCUUUCAACAAUACAAAAAAAAAAAAAUCGUAGUAAGACACUAUAGAGGCAGGCACUCGAACCUCCGAUUGCUUCACUUAACAGCGCUGGGUUCUCUUGUUAUCUAGCUAGC